AUGGCACUGCUGACAACGUGGGUGAACAGCCACCUAGGAUUCACACUGAAUACUGUCGGAACCUUUAUGCCCGCAGCCUUCAUCAUCAAGGAAGCUAUCCCCGAGAAACCCAUCGCUGAGACUUGGGUGACCGUGGUGACGGGAGCGGGAGGCGAUCUCAGGGAUGCUGGCGGUGCCUUUCCCGAUGUUGCCAUCUGGGACGACAAUGGCAACAGAAUCGGCCGAUACCGCACCAAGCUAGGUGACAAGAUAGGACAGAGCAGCGAGCGGACCGUCAGAGUACCGAACAAUGAGAACAACGGGGAGAUAUCCGAUCCGCAAUAUGUCAUGUUGAGCCACGAUACCGACGCGACCUGCAUAGCAAUGAUUCAAGUCUCCAAUGGCCGACUCAGCGGAACGGUCUACGGCGAUACCGGAUACAAAUGCGGCCAAGCAUGGUAUCACAGCCAGCGAAAAUUUAAAGGUGAUAGUCUUAUGACCGAGUGUGUCUGGUUGGACUCAGAUCACUCCCAUCCCAACUUCAACGCCAGGGCUAUGAGUUUUCACCUCAGAGACAUGCUGCCUUCGCCCGACAAGUUGAAAUUGUACAAUAGCGAGCUGUCUUACCUGUGUAAAAGCACACCUCGAUACUCUUUCUGGAGGCACCUCAUCCCAGACGGAGUUGUCCCAUUCUUCUACCCAGUUUUGAAGUACAAUAAGGACUCCGUCAAUCCGAAAUUAGAAGGCACAAACGAAAAUCCUAUCGAAGCCCUCGAUCGCUUCAAGUACAACAAGGAUGUAUACAUACAGCAGGGUGAAUCGGAAAAGGAGUACCGAAGAAGGAGGAGAACCCGUUCGACACGCUCGAGCAAGAGACAAGGCUCGAAUAUGGAUCCUGACUACCUGGUUUUGACUGAGAUACCGGGCCAGACAGCCCGGGAGAUUUGCGAACACCCCAACUCAGUUGGAUAUGACAUCGUCUCGUUUGUAGACGGGAGAUACUGCGAUCUCACAAAGAGGAAACUUUACGAUCUCUGUGCUGGUAGCAUCACGACGAACUGUUUCGACGUCAACAGCACGACUGUCAUUGGAGCUCAGAGUCUCACCGGGAGAAGCAGAGACUCCACCAAGGGGCGAAUUGCAAAGCUUUACAAAACACGUGCUUGUUGGAAAUGA